GUUUUCUUAGUUGGUAAGGUUUUGGUGGUGUCACUCACCUACAGCGUUUGAUGAAUUGCCUCGUUUCACAAGAAGAGCAUGAGUGUUCCACGUGUAUAUAUUUAUACCUGCAUCAGGAGAGUCGUCAUCUCCUGUGUCAUCAUUUGAUGUGAAACAAUUUGGGCUUCUGAAGCAGUAGGUUUGACAGGGUUUUAUUGUGGUAGUAGUCUUCGUUUGCAAGGAGAUAAUGGAGACUUGAGAGUGGGCAAGCAUCACACGGACUUCACUGUUUGAAGCUUCUGUGAAGAGAGCCAUCGACUUUACCUCCUGCGGGUGGCAUGAAAACAGAGAGGUUUCUGAUACCAGGUUGAUCGUUCUUCGUUGGAAGACCAGUAUUUAGGAUGGGCUUGAGAAAGUUGUGUCAGUCUGCAAUGCUUCUAUGUUCCUUGGUUGCAAUCUUAAGCUGUGGUCUCGCAGAAGUCAUGGCACAAACGACUCUGGAGCUGGAUACAAUCUCUGGCACUGGUACAGAAGAAAGAAUUUUGGUUGAGGAGGGAAACACUACAGGACUUGCAAGCACAUUAUCUGCAAGGACAGAAAGAGUUGAUCCUUUGGAUAGCUUCAAGAAGUACAAAGGUGGCUAUAACAUUACAAACAAGCAUUAUUGGAGUUCUACAGUUUAUACAGGCAGAUAUGGAUAUAUAAUUGGUACAAUAUGGCUUGUUGGUGGUCUUGUCUCUGCUUGUGUUCUGCGUAUUGCAACAAAGACUUGUUCGGUCCGUAAGGAAAGGAAGCAAAAGAAGAGACUCCCUUGCUCUAAGAAAUACUGUGUGUCGCCAAUGUUAAUUGGGAUCUUGUUAACAUGUCUAUCAUUAGUGGCAUCAGGAAUAGUACUUGGUGGUAGCUUUAAAUUCUAUUCUAGAGUGAAAUCAAUCGAGAACAUCAUUGUAGAAACAUCGGAAGAAGCAUCCCAAACAAUAUACAAUGUGACAGAAGCUGUGGCGGCCAUGGAAAGUGUCAACAAUCUCUAUGGUGGGAUUGAAGAAUCCAGCAAUCUGAAUUCCACAUCACAGAUGCUCUAUGAUGAAGCUGCUAAUAUACAAAGACAAGCAGAGAAUAGAAUGCACCUGGUUAACAAGGGUAUCAAAAUGUUGAAAGUAGUGACCAUCUUCAGCAUUGUGCUAAAUCUUAUUGCUGUGUUGGUAGCGCUGGCAACAUACUUGGUGACUUGUGGAACAAUUUGGACAAGAGAAAUAUGCUUGAUUAAGUAUUGCGCACAUAAAGUCAACAUGUUACAGCUUAAAAAAUUUCUGACUAUAUAUUUUUGGGAAAUAAAAGUAAACUUCUGCUAUAACAGGUUUAUCACCCUUUGCUGGCUACUCACAUUCUUUUUCUGGAUAAACUUUGGGCUGUAUUUUUUUCUAUACAAGUUUUCUGGUGAUACCUGUGCAGCUCUUGAUGGGUAUCAGCUAAAUCCCCAGAAUAGCACCUUAAGCUCAAUCCUACGGUGCAGUGAGCAUCUGCCAGCCAAUUUUGGCCUACAAGAGAUCCGAGAAGGAAUCCAUGAUACAAUUGACCAGGUAAAUUCAAACAUAUCGACAGUGAAGUCAUCAAUUCUUCCAGAUCUGGAGUACAUAUGUAAUCCUUUUUCAGGACCUCCUCAGUAUUCUUAUCAGCCAGACAAUUGUUCUUCCAACACAAUCAAAAUAGGAGACAUUCCUGAGAAAUAUACCUACUCCGCUAGUGAUGAUGGAGCUUGCAGUCAAGGAGAAUUUGUAUCAGAUAACAACUACACAAGAGUGCUAGUUUACUCCAUGCAGAAGCUUCUUGAUGGAUUUCCUCAUAUGGAAAGAUUGGCAAAUUGUCAAUUGGUGAAGGAUGCAUUCUCUAAAAUCCUUUUGAAAGAAUGCAAACCAUUGAGAAAUUACGCACACUUGACAUGUGCAGCCUUGGCAGUUCUAUCGGUGAUCAUGGUACUUCUUGUUUUGAUUGUGACAUCAGAAGCUCAUCAUGAUCAUAAAUAUCAUUCUUCUGAUGGCUCUGUAAGACCUCAUUUAGCUUAUGCAGAGAGAUCUUUUGACACAACAGAAAUGGCAACCGAAAAUUUUGAACUAAGAUUGUAAGCAAAGUGAUCCGAUUUCUUAAAUAUAUCAUACAGGCAGUCAGACUAGGGGAUAAAGGAUGAUCAAAGCUGAUAUUAGUGAGAGGGAUUUCCACUUUCAUAGCUGGUUAGUAUGAUAAUGAGACACCAUGGGAGUUGAGAAAGGAAUCAAGAAGGAUACUUUUGUUUCUCUUUUACAGUAAAAAUUUGUCUUUUGGAAAUUGCAAAGAACAUCAAAAGCUCAAAGUGAAUGAUAUGGCCUGUUAAGUGACCUUAUUCUCAAUGUGAAUGACCACAAAUUGGCUGUAGAUCUGUUUGUGGCCAACUUGGAGGCUCAUUGAGAUUCACCAAAAAUUCAAAAUCCAGUUUGAACAACAACAUGAUAUUCUAAAUUGCACUUAUAUAUGCUUUCCUUUAAGAAAAAGAAAAUUCGACCAUGAA